AUGGACGACUUUGCGCAAUUCAACCAAGGGCACCAGGCCGAAGCCCGGAAUCGAGAGGCACCGGCCAUGGACAGCGACAUUGAGGAAAUCAUGGGAGAUCCCGACAAUCCCAAUGAGAUCGUCACAUUUGCGCCCAAGGAGGCGUUCAAGUUGGGAUACUUCGACGUCGUCUGCUUGGUGGUGAACCGAAUGAUUGGAACGGGAAUCUUCAACUCGCCUCAUCGUGUGAUGGAAGGGACUCACUCGACGGGCGCUUCGCUUCUCCUAUGGUUCGCCGGGAUGAUCUAUUGUCUCGCCGGCACCCACGUGUACAUUGAAUACGGCCUCAAUGUACCCCGAUAUGUCAUCAACGGGGUUGAACAAAGCGUUCCUCGAAGUGGCGGUGACCUUAACUAUCUCCAGUACGUCUACCGAAAGCCGGCGUACAGGAAGGGCACAGUGCUUCUGAGCACUUCUCUUUUCGCGAUUGGCUUCAUCGCAUUGGGCAACAUGGCUGGUAACUGCAUCAGCUUCGCCAUGAGAGUGCUCAUGGCUUCAGGGCAAAGUGACCCAGAGCCUAGUACCGUCAGGGGCGUUGCCAUUGCUGUUGCCAUCCUGACCUGCUUUAUCCAUACAUUUUCUCGAAGGGGUGGUAUCAUGCUCAACAACCUGUUGGCCAUCGUCAAGGUCAUGAUCCUGUUACUCAUCAUCGUUACUGCUAUUGUGGCCGGUGCUGGUGGAUUGAAAGACACCAAGAAUGUCAUAUCCGAAAACACCACUCCUUCAAAGGCCUUCAGCGACUCCUCAAAGGAUGCAAACGGAUAUGCCCAUGCAUUUCUUGCCAUCAUCUUCAGCUUUUCUGGCUUUGAGCAGCCCAACUAUGUCAUGGGCGAGAUCAGCCGACCGAGACGGAAACACCCAGUUGCCAUGAUCAUCGGCAUCAGCACUGUCAUUUUGCUUUAUAUGGCCGUCAACAUUUCCUAUAUGGUUGUCGUCCCCGCCAAGCUGCAGGAAGAAGAAAACGUGGCGCAAGCAUUCUUCGACCUCACACUUGGCUCCUUGUCCAGCAGUGACACUGGAUUCCGAAUUUUCAACGCCUUCCUUGCUAUUUCAAGCUUGGGAAACAUCAUUGUUAUGACAUAUACUGCCGCGCGCGUCAAACAGGAGAUUGCCAAGGAAGGCAUCAUCCCUUACGCCAAGUUCUUUGCUCAGGAUGGAGACAUCUCCCUGGGACGCUUGUUGAAUUGGUUCUACCAAAGGGGGAUGUUCAGCUCGCUCUGGCGCAUCCGCUGGUUCUCCCCCGAGGACCAUCGUGAGAAGACACCAGUUGGCGCCUUCAUCCUACACUUGGUCUCGUGUUUCAUUCUCAUCUUUGCCACUUGGAGGAUGAGCAAUGAUGAUGCUUACGACCUGCUCACCAAAUUGAGCGCAUACACUAUCAAUGCCUUCUUUGGCGUGUUCCUUGGCCUGGGUAUUCUUAUCCUGCGUUUCAGAGGCCCACCAAAGACAGAUGCUGACGCGCCUCACAACCCGACCUCACCUCCUCAAACAUGGCGCCAGAUGACGGGCAAACAUUUCAACCCUGUUCUCAGUGUCGUUUGCGCCACAAUCUACAUUGUUGGUGGCCUCUGGCCCAUCGUCACCACUUGGAUCAAGCCCACGACCAAGAUUACACAAACGCUCACAUGGUGGCUCGUUCCCACCAUUUCGUGGUCAGUCAUCGGAGGAGGCAUCAUCUGGUUCAUUGGCUUCAUUGCGUUUGCCUGGCGCAGGAAGAAGAAGAGAAGCGAGAUCUUUGUGGUGGAGAAGAAGCCCGAAUUCGAGCUGGCCGACGACUUCACCGAGUCGGGAGGCAAGCCAGGUCGAGGAAGCGGUGGCUAUGUGCUUGUGCACGAGACGGUGUACCACAGCUGGGAGGCAGAUGAGAAUAACGCUCUGAGGGAUUUUGACACAGGGCAGUAUCAGAAUCAGGCAAAGGAAGUACCGAUGCAUUCGACGAGUCCAUAUGUAGGAACGGACUUUGAGGGGUUCUAUGAAGGAGGUCAUGGACAGCAGCACAACGGAGGAGGGUAUGGAAUGGGAUAUAGGGGUAACUGA